CCAUGUCAGGUUUAUACCAUGAUCUAUAUUCUUUUUUCUUUAGUGCAUUUAUGAUCCGUAACCGGUCUAUGGUUAAUUUUUGUUUGCCUUAACUGGCCUUAAAAUUUAAUUCACAAGUAAUUUUCAAGUGUUCAAAGAGUUUUAAUACCUAAGUCAUUUAAUUCGCGAUGGCUGCACAAUUUUUUAGCCGAGUGGGACAACUAGGCUUAGGUGUUGCCUUAGUAGGAGGUGUAGUAAAUUCCGCAUUAUACAAUGUUGAUGGUGGCCAUAGAGCAGUUAUAUUCGAUAGAUUUGCUGGUAUUAAGAAUCAAGUUGUCGGAGAAGGUACUCAUUUUUAUAUUCCAUGGGUCCAAAGGCCAGUUAUAUUUGACAUUCGGUCUAGACCACGAAAUAUACCAGUAAUUACAGGAAGUAAAGAUUUACAAAAUGUCAAUAUUACGUUACGUAUAUUAUUCCGACCGCUUCCCGACCAGCUUCCUAAAAUUUACACAGUCCUUGGUGUUGAUUACGAAGAACGUGUCUUACCGUCAAUUACAACAGAAGUUUUAAAGGCUGUUGUAGCCCAAUUUGAUGCUGGUGAAUUAAUUACACAACGAGACUUAGUCUCACAAAAAGUAAGCGACGAUUUAACUGAAAGAGCAUCUCAAUUUGGUGUUAUAUUAGAUGAUAUAUCUAUAACACAUUUAACAUUCGGUAAAGAAUUCACACAAGCUGUAGAAUUAAAACAAGUUGCACAACAAGAAGCUGAGAAAGCACGAUUUUUGGUUGAAAAAGCUGAACAAACGAAGAAAGCGACUGUUUUAUCAGCUGAAGGUGAUGCUACAGCUGCAGAUUUAUUAGCGAAAUCAUUUGGUGAAGCUGGUGAAGGUUUAGUUGAAUUAAGAAGAAUUGAAGCUGCCGAGGAUAUUGCUUACCAAUUAUCUAGAUCACCACAAGUAGCUUAUUUACCUGGUGGACAAAAUUUAUUGCUUAAUGUUCCAACUCUUUAAUAAAUUUACUUAUAUAUAA